ACAUGAUUUGAACGUGUGUCUUGUUGCCCAACUCUUGUCCGGUCUUACGGAACUCCGCCGAAAGCAACUCUAAACCGAAAAUGGCGGGUAGCUUGGCCAAAGAUUCCUGCAUGGAAAAUCUAACCACCUAUGACAGAUUCCUAGAACUCAAAGCCUUUGACGAAUCAAAAUCAGGCGUCAAAGGCCUUGUCGACACUGGAAUCACCAAAAUUCCCCGGAUUUUCCGCCGGCCAAAGGAGAACCGGAAUUCGGUCAAACCAAUUUCGACCCAGUUUUCUAUUCCGGUCAUUGACCUCGAAAACAUUGAAAACCGGUGUUAUGAGGUGAUCGCUGGAGUCCAGAAGGCGGCAGGGGAUGUUGGGUUCUUCCAGGUGGUCAACCAUGGGGUGCCCCAAAGGGUGUUGGACGAGAUGUUGGCGGCAGCGCGUGGAUUUCACGAGCUUCCAAGGGAGGUCAAGGAAGGGUAUUACACAAGGGAGACGAUGAGAAAAGUGAAGUAUGGGAGUAAUUUUGAUCUGUACCAGUCAAGUUAUGCCAAUUGGAGGGACACUUUGUUCUGUGUUAUGGGACCAGAGCCUCUUGACCCACAAGAAUUGCCUCUAGUUUGCAGAGAUAUAACAAUGGAGUACUCGAAACGAAUUCAUAAAUUAGGGACAACUUUAUUUGGGUUGCUCUCUGAGGCACUUGGGCUAAAGCCUGACCACCUGUUUGGUAUGGAUUGUCCAAAGGGGCAUUGUCUUCUGAGUCACUACUACCCUGCAUGUCCAGAGCCUGAACUGACUAUGGGAACUACUAAGCACUCUGAUCCUGAUUUCCUCACCAUCCUACUUCAAGACCAUAUAGGUGGACUCCAAGUUUUCCAUCAAAAUCAGUGGAUUGAUGUUCCUUCUGUUCCUGGGGCUUUAGUUGUUAACAUUGGAGAUCUCUUGCAGCUUAUAUCGAAUGACAAGUUCAAAAGCGUGGAGCACCGGGUUUUGGCAAAUCAUACAGGCCCUAGAGUAUCCGUAGCUUGCUUUUUCACUCCUCAUUUAUACCCCUCAACAAGGAUAUAUGGCCCGAUCAAGGAAUUGUUAUCAGAAGAAAACCCCCCUGUAUACCGUGGAGCCACAGUGCAAGAUUUCAUUAACUACUAUGAUUCUAAAGGACUUGAUGAGAACUCCGCAUUAACACACUUCAAGAUAGCUACCCAUAUAUGGCUUCCAAUCAUAGAUCUAACCAACAUCCAAGAAGGUAGCCGGCGUAAGGAGAUUGUAGACGAAGUGAGGGUGGCAUCAACAGAGUGGGGCUUUUUCCAAGUAGUUAAUCAUGGGAUCCCUUUAAGCGUGCUGGGAGCGAUGAUUGAUGGGGUGCGCAGGUUUAACGACCAAGAUUUGGAGUCGAAGAAAGAGUUCUAUUACCGUGACCCCACAAAGAAAGUGAGGUUCCACUCUAACUUUGAUCUAUAUGCAUCACGAACUGCUGACUGGAGGGACACUUUGACCCUUUCUUCCCUUGAUUCCGGUCCUCCGCCUGAAGAAUUGCCAGAAGUGUGCAGAGAAUCAACAUCAGAGUUUACAAAGUAUAUCAGAAAAUUAGGAGAGACUUUGUUUGAGUUGCUAUCAGAGGCUCUUGGGCUUCAAGCAGACCACCUUGUCUCAUUGGGAUUUGCUAAAGGGUGUAGCAUUGUGUGCCACUACUAUCCAGCUUGCCCCCAGCCGGAACUGACUUUGGGAGUAAGGAAGCAUGCAGAUCCUGGCUUAUUGACUGUGCUUCUGCAGAACGAAAUCAACGGCCUCCAAGUCCUUCAUGAGGGCCAAUGGUUUGACGUUCACCCCGUUCGAGGAGGCUUGGUUGUAAAUAUCGGAGAUCUGCUUCAGAUUGUAUCAAAUGACAAGCUCAAGAGUGUCAAGCAUAGAGUAGUCGCCACUCAUGUUGGACCAAGAAUUUCUGUGCCAUGCUUUUUCUCAGGACAUUCUAGCUUGCUCGAUAAGCCUUUCAGGCCAAUCAAAGAGUUGACAUCAGAGGCAAAUCCUCCUCGAUACAAAGAUGUCGUGUUAAGGGAAUAUGUUGCCAGGUUUUUAUCUGGCUCACUUGAUGGGAAGCCUCCUAUUGAUUACUACAAGCAAUGAAUAUAGAUUACCGUAAGCCAUUCAGCUAACUAUCAAUGCCAAGGAAUGAUAUUUCCAAUGGCAAGCCAAUCCCGAAGCAGGUUAAGCAUUUAAGCAUUUGUAGUUUGUGUGGAGUCUUACUAGCUUCUAUUAGUUUGUGUUGGUCAUGUCUAAAAUUACUAUACUCUGUGACAUGGACACCCCCCCUCAUAUUUUGUCAAUAAAAUAGCUCUAUUUCUUAUGGCA